CUACUACAAUGGCAAGAAGAAGAAGAAGAUCUCUAUCUCUCUCUUUCUCUCUAAAAAGAAAUUCCUGCUUGAAAAUGUAGAGAUUUCUCUUCCUUUUAAGCCAGACUCUAUAAUGUUCUUCAGUGUAGUCAGAGUUAGUUAGCUGUAGCAAUAAGCUGCUUGUUCUGCUCGCGGCCUCUGAAGGAUCUGGAGCGGCGCUAAAUCUCCGACACUCUGCUGGUCAACAAACUAGCGACUCCACGGGAUCCGAGAGAUGAGCUGCAGUGUCCUGGAUGAGGAGCAGUUCCGUCUGUCCUGCCAGCUGCUCCUUCAGCGCUCUGACCAGUUGGGGGAUGGCUGGAGCUGGGAAGCGGUUCAGGGCUCAGAAGAGGGCUACCUCAGAAAGACUGCACUAAGGUCAGUUCCUAGUGACUGGGGUCCACUUCAUGACCAGAAGGGGUUUAGUUCCCACCCACAGCCACAGACCCUGUGUGACUCUACUGGACAUGAAAAGGAAGAACAGGACCCAGCUGCCUCCACUGGUUCUGACUUCCUCAGAGCUGAAGAAGAAGAUGCUGGUAGCUACACAGUGACUAACAGCAGCAGCCUGGUGCUUCAGUACGAGUAUCACAUCCUGUUCUCCUGCAGCUACGGAGCUCCUGUCCUGUAUUUCAGAGCGUUCACUUUGGAGGGGAGGAGCCUGGCAUUAGAGGAGAUGUGGAGCACCAUCCACCCAAACUACAGGCUGUGUCUUCAGAACUGCCCUCUUAAUGCAAUAAGUCAGCAGGAGCACCCCUUGCUGGGCCAGCCGUUCUUUUUCUUUCACCCAUGUAGAACAGAGGAGUUCAUGGGACCUGUGCUGCAGGCUGCUCCAGAUCAAGGCAGGCCAGUGAACUAUGUGCUGUCAUGGCUGAGCGUGGUGGGGCCUGUUGUGGGUCUGGAUGUUCCGCUGCAGUACUGCACAGCUCUCCAUUCUACAAAACCUGACUGAAGCUGAACACACACCUGCUGAUCUUCACACACACCUGGACAUGUUUGUCUUGUUUUUUCCAUGUAACUAUUUCUAAUACCCCAAAUAAUUAUGUUGGUGUAGGCAUACCAUUUGGUACCAUUUGGUACAAACUACACACACAAAGUAUAGUUUUGUGUGUUUCACAAACUAUACUUAAUUUUCAUUUUGUAAACUGAAAACGUAUGUAUAUUUUUUAUGAAGUAUUGUUCUCUCUAGUUCUCAAAUUCUGUCAGUAAUCAGAUUACUGUUAUGGAGUCUCUUCCACAUUUAGCAUUGUUAACUACAGAUAGCUUAUUUUCUAUAGAGAUAUUCACUGUAGGAAAUUUUUAAAGAAGCCCCAUUUUAUUUCUCUUAUAUUUUAAAAUAGAAAAGCAACAGAACUUUUGGUAAAAUAGGAUGGAUACACACUGUGAGGUUUGUUUCAAAUGAAAAAAGAACUCCACAUAGUUUCUACCUGAAGAAAAUAUAUCAAAAACAUAUUUUUGAGUCACUCUGUCAAUGAAAUUCAGUGAAAAUAUGAAACCUGCACUUACAGAUGCUGGUCAUAAAAUUAGAAUAUCAUGAAAAAGUUUAUUUGAAUCAGUAAUCCCAUUCAAAAAGUGAAAUUUGUAUAUUACAUUCAUUCAUUACAUAGAGAUGGAUACAUUUCAAAUGUUUAUUUCUUUAAUGUUUAUUACAACUAAUGAAAACUCCAAAUUCAGUAUCUCAGACAAUUUGAAUAUUGUGAAAAGGUUCAGUAUUGAAGACCCCGGGUGCUACGCACUAAUCAGAUAAUUAGCUCAAAACACAUGCAAAGGCUUUUAAAUUGUCUCAGUCCAGUUCUGUAGGCUACACAAUCAUGGGGAUGACUGCUGACUUGACAGUUGUCCAAAAGAUGACCUUUGACACCUUUCACAAGAGGGUAAGACACAAAGGUCAUUGCUAAAGAAUCUGGCUGUGCACAGAGCUCUAUGUUCACGCACAUUCAUAAAGAGAUGAAGGGAAGGAAAAGAUGUGGUAGAAAAAAAUGGACAAGCAAUCAGGAUAACGGCACCCUGGAGGGGAUUGUGAAACAAAACCCAUUGAAAAAUGUGGGGAAGAUUCACAGAGAGUGGACUGCAGCUGGAGUCAGAGCUUCAAGAACCACCACACACAGACAUACCAGGACCUGGGGUUCAGCUGUCACAUUCCCUUUGUCAAGCCACUCUUGAACAAGAAACAGCAUCAGAAGCAUCUCAGCUGGACUAAAGACAAAAAGGACUGGACUGCUGCUGAGUGGUCCAAAGUUAUGCUCUCUGAUGAAAGUGAAUUCUUCAUUUCCUUUGGAAAUCAAGGCGCCAGAGUCAGGAGGAAGAGAGGAGAGGCACAGAAUCCACGUUGCUUGAGGUCCAGUCAAAGUUUCCGCAGUCAGUGACAGUUUGGGUUGCCAUGUCAUCUGCCGGUGUCCGUCCACUGUGUUUUCUGAGGUUAAAGGUCAACGUAGCCGCCUACCAGGACGUUUUAGAGCACUUCAGGCUUCCUGCUGCUGACCAACCUUAUUGAGAUACAGAUUUCAUUUUCCAACAGGAGUUAGCUCCUGCACACAGAGCCAAAGCUACCAGGACCUGGUUUAAGGGCCGUGGCAUCCCUGUUCUUAACUGGCCAGCAAACUCACCUGACCUUAAUGCCAUAGAAAAUCUCUGGCGUAUUGUGAAGAGGAAGAUGAUGUGAUACAUCAGACCCAACAAUUCAGAAGAGCAGAAGGUCACUAUCAGAGCAACCUGGCCUCUCAUAGCACCUGAGCAGAGCCACAGACUGCUGGACUCCACGUCACGCCGCAUUGCUGCAGUAAUCUGGGCAAAAGGAGCCCCAACUAAGUACCGAGUGCUGCACAUGCUCAGUUUUCAGGUGGCCAACAUUUCUAAAAAUCCCUUUUUUGUAUUGGUCUUAAGUAAUAUUCUAAUUUUAUGAGAUAAGGAAUUUAUGGUUUUUAUUAGUUGUCAAUUUUAACCAUCAAGAUUAAAAGAAAAACAUUUGAGAUAUAUCAGUCUUUGUGUAACAAAUUAAUAUAAAAUACAAGUUUCACUUUUUGACUGGAAUUGCUGACAUUUCAACUUUUUCAUGAUAUUCUAAUUUUAUGACCAGCACCUCUACAUGUACGUUAUCAAGAGCCAUUCUGGAAGGUCUUAGGAGCCAUUGCAAGUUGCAGACCCAAACUUUAAUGCAAAGCCAAAUACUUAGUAAUCUGUGAAGUUUGCUGUACCCUAAAUCAGAAAAUCCUCCCUGAAAGGCCAACUGUAGAUUAGUUGUUUUAAUUUAAACCUGUUUUAAUUUAACAGGAUUUAAAAACACAAUUUAGUUUAAAUGUUACAUUGGUGUAGUUGGGCUGGAGAGCAGAUCAGCCACAUGAAAACACUUGCUGUGAGUCAUGACAACCAACAGAUGGCGGUAGAAGCUCACAGGUGUGGAGAGAAAAACUUCAGAUGAAUGUUUUUAAAAGCAUUCAUCUGAAUGAAAGUUGACCAUUUAUGGAAACGACUGGGGGAAACAUUUAAUGUGCUAGAAUAUAUCAAUAAUAAAACGCUCAACACUAGAUAAUCAAUAUUAGAUUUCAUUAGUUAUUUUUAUAGUCAGUGUUAAUUGACAGUGUAAAGUCUUUGUGUUCAUUUUGCUGAUUAUGGCUGACAGCUAAUGAAAACCAUAAAUUCAGUUGAUCAUAAACUGAGAACCUUAGUCUACAUAAUCAAAGAGAAAUCUUCUGAUUUGAUGACAGUCCAACAGAGGCUCUCCAUCCUCAAUGACCAUAGCUCUCAAACUGUCAUUGCUAAAGAAGUUCACAGAGUUCUUUGUCCACAGCUUGCUACGAAAGGUUUAGUGGAAGGAAAGUGCGUGGUUGAAAAAGGGGCACAAGUAACCGUGAUAACUGCAGCCUCGAUGGGAUUGUGAAGCAAAAACCAUUUGAGAGUUUGGGGAGAUUCACAAGGUGCUGACUGCAGCCGCAGUCAGAAACCAAAGACUGAAGGAAAAGAGGAGAGUCAGCUGAACCACAGGCUGACCCCCUCCAUGCCACACCACAUUAAUACAGUAACUCAAGCAAAAGGAGCCCAGACCACGUGCAUGUACUGUACAUAUACAGUACAGUAUCUGGAUACACAUUUAGUAAGUUCACAAUUCAAGGUUAAUAUCUUUUUCAUAUAUAAUAUUAGCCUUCAAGAUGUAUAGAAACAUGUUUUGAAUGCAUCACUAUGAAGUUAAUGGAUAAAAUAUAUGAGUUUUACUUUAUGAGUUGAAUUAGUGAACUAAACCUUUUGGAGGUAUUUUAUUUACUAUAGAAACUUUGAUUUAACUGUAAUCUUCAAACAGAGGCUGGGCUAAUACCUCUUGUUUCUCCAGAAGGAGCCCAGUGGGGGGGUGUGGUGCUGGUGGAGGUGUGUGGGGGCAUCAUCAGUGAUGGUAGAUCGUCACCUCACUCGUUCAAACUUGUGAGAUCUUAGUUCCAGUUUGUCACACAGUCUGAUAUUCUUCUCCAGUCAGUCACUGACUCUGACACGACCUGCAGAAAAUCUGCAAGAGAUAUUUGACCGGACUGAGUGGAUUUUCCUGCUGUCAGCAAGUUUCUCUCUCCAGGACUCUGACACAUGAUGGAAGAAGUCCUUGAAGCAACAUUUGAGUCCAGGCAGUCCUCAUCCCAUCUCAGCAGUCUGCAUCCUCUGCCUUCCCCCCUCCAUCCCCAGCCCCACCAAGCUGUCUUCUCUGUUCCUUCUUGUUCAUUCACCUCGGCUGUCUGGCUCUGUGCCCUGGAAUAACUGCCCUUCCUUCUUCUGAGAGCAGCUACCCAGAACAAUACAAACACUUCAAAUCACUGCAGGGCUAAACUGUGUUGUUAUAAAAUGUUCAAAUUACAUCAAAGGACCCUUAAAAAAGGCCUGGAAUCAAUCAGAGCUGUUUAGUAACCGUUAUGAUCCUCACCUUGACCUUUCAGGAACUGUUAGAACACAGAAGUAAUGUGAAUUGUGGAGCUGGGAAGAAUCCAGACAUGGGACAUUUCCAGAGAAUCAUCAUGUGUUCCUAAAGCGCAGAAGAACUACUGCUACUGAUGGUCAUUUUUUGAAGGAACCCACCAGUGAAACAGCAAUCCUGUCUCAUGCAACUGAUAUUAUUAAAUAUUUACAAAACAAAGACAUUUGAUUUACUUCAAUGUGAAUAACAUCUGCUUUAUCAAAUGUCAAAUUAAUAUUUUUGUGAUGACAUAAAUAAAUUGAAUUGAAGUUUGUGAACUAUAAACCAAAGGUGUUGAUCACAGUAAAAUAACCUUGGAGAGUCAGGUUGGGACACAAACAUCUUAAAUCACUCAAGUCUAGGUGACAAUGAAAUGUUCACUCUGCCGUCUAUCACACGUAUCCUUCUGGUAGCUAAAGACGGUUUCUUUGUUUCUGGCUUUGUGUGAUCAGAAUGGAUUCAUUUGCCACAUGCAAUGUUUACCCAAAGGAUUUAUUGCAACAGAGAUUAAUUAAGAAAACCUGAACAAGAAAGCGUAGAGGUUUUGGGUGUAGCACAGUAAUGCAGCAGUAUGAAGAGGGAGAGAAGAGGACCCAGCAUUAUUUGAUGAAUACCUUGACUCAGUCCAGUAGGAUCCAUUCUGAUCCAUUAUGUCAAAAAAAAACACAGUUUUGGAUUCACUCUAACCACAUCCUUCUUAGAACAAUUAGAAGCUGUUCGUUGGAAUGGUUCACAGUAAGAGUCAGAAUUCCUUUUAUUCUCAUUGUGCACGAAGAAAGACCAAUGAAAUUAUAAAACAGCACCUUUCAAAGGGAAGUCGAAUAAUUGAAUAGAAUAAUAAGUAUAUGUCAAUAAAAAUAUUGUAGAAAUACAGAACAACUGAGACAUUAAGAAAAAUAAAUAAAUGAUCAGUUUAUAGAUGGAUUAGCUGUGUUCAGGGUAAAAACAGCUCUUGGGUAGAAAUUGUGUUUUUAUGGUGGUGUCCGGGGUGGGAGGGGUCUUUGGCAUCUAAGCCAAUCAGAGAUCCACUCUUUACAGACAGUAAACCUUUAAGGUUCCUGGGUUUUGUAGCUGCAGUUUGAACACAUGUCAGCUGGUGAUCCUUGGAAACCAGACAGAUUAAUGUCUCUUUACAGACAUGAAUGUUGCAGAAUAAUAUGCAACAUUCAACACCAACUGAUAAUGAUCAGUUGGUGUUGAAUGUUGCAUAUUAUUUUCAUUUGUCACAGAUGUUUCUUUUUUGGGGCCUGAUUGUCCAGCUUGUCUCUGAUUGGCUUAGAGGAACUUUAAUCUCUCUGUUCUUUCAUUGCUUGUCUGUAACAAGCUGAGACGACAUGUAGCCAAAACAUGUCCCUUUUUUGCCCACAUUAAACCUUUGUAUAUUUUUGGAGUA